AUGGAAGCUGACGUUUUACAAAUAUUUACUGAUGAAAUAAUUCCUGUUAUUAUUGCACAUGUUGAAAGAGUUGUGAGAAUAUUAAACGAAUUUUCUUCUGAACGUUUUUCUUCAUUUGAAAUACAGGUUUUGAAAUUUUGUAACCCUUUUUGGAGUUUUUUUUACAUUUGACUCUCUUGGAAUUUUUGACACUUUGGCCCUCUUGGAAUUUUUGACAUUUUGACCCUUUUGC